AUGCCAUCCGUAAAUAGCGCUCCAUCAAAAUCAAAACGUGCCGCAGCUAACACUAUAAUUUCGCGUAGACCUACUACUUCAACAAAUCAUGCCACUCGUCCACAGCAAACAACAAGCGUAGAAAAAGUUUCGCCAGUGCGAACUACCACCCAUGCGCCUACUCGUAGUUCUGCGCAAACAACAAAAAGAACUACUGCACGGCCAACUUCCAAAGUAACUACUACACGGCGAAGUACCACAAGAAAUGUUGUUCGAGGAAAAAGAUCUAAUAUGAAACCAGAAACAAACAAAAAUCGUCAGAAACGUUUAUCACAAUGGAACUGGGUUUAA